AUGCCCGUCUACCUGGUUCACGGCUUCCGCUGGCCACGGGAAGGCUUUAGUGGAAUUAGGGUCCAUGCAAUACUCCACAACCUCGAGGACACCUCGGUCGAAUACAUCCAGAAUGAGAACAGUAAGACUGAUAUCCUGGCAUCUUUCCACAAGGCCUAUCCGGAGAUCAUGAAAGAGCUCGAUGCUCCCGGUCGCACCCUCGAGUUCAUUGAACAGUAUAAUCCUGAGGAUACCGAGAGCGACCACGCUGUCAGCCAGCCUUACGCCUAUGUCGGCGACAAGGUUGUCACCAUUGCUGCAAACCCGGGCGAUGCUCCAAAUCUGCCUCUUGCCGCCCUAAACUCCUCUCCAGUUGCCUCACAGGGACAGACUGGCGGAGCUGUGACAUCUGACCCGCCUAAAACAGCGGCUGGGGCCUCGAAGACGGCCAAUCCUUCCCGUAUCGCGGCUCUCGAACCGACCGCACUCAGUAUGAACGUGGAGGAGGUGAUAUCAGAAGGACCGGGGCUCACGAAUCGCGCGUGGGAAGCGCUAGCCGAUCUCCGCGACAAGAUUGCCAGUGGGGAGAAGAUUGGCUGGUGGGUUGUCUACAAUGGCGAUCCGCAGCGCGCGUUUGACGAUUAUGAUGAUGACGAUGAAUACGAUGGCGAGUACGAGGAUGGGGAGAUGGAAGAUGUAGUUGAAGAGGACGAAGUCCGAAAACAGCAGCAACAGCUCAAAUCACUGCGUCAUUCACAGCAACAACAGCAAGGACCUCAAUCGAGAUCCACACUAGCUAGCCCGACAUCAACCUCAACGGUCCGCCCACGAACUGCACCAUCGACUGAUGCUCAGACUGACAGUCACCCACAAUCAUACAUGACACCACGACUUCCGCAAGUACCCACAUCUCCGCUACCUCACAUCGCCUCACAACAACUCCCCCAGCCCCAAGGCGAUUUGACAGCAUUGCCGGUGCGGCCUGCCGCAGGAACAACAGGGUUGAGGACAUCGGCACCAUACCCCCCACCACAACCGCCAGAACUUACUUCGCCGGGACGUGGCGAUAGAUAUAAAGGGAAAGGAAAACAAACACAACAGGGCGAGGUAGACACUGCACCUAAGGUCAAGGAGGUGGUGCGGACGCAGGGCCUGAGGAAGAAACUCUUCGGGAAACGGAUAUGA